CCCUCAAUCCGAAUUUAAAAAUAUCAACUGUAACCUUCCAUCUCAGGCACUGCCUCUUCGCUGUAGAUGCACUACAGGCCAGCCAUUAGUAGUGAGUCAGCACUCAGCAGCUAUACACACCAUUCCCGCGCCAGGAAACUUUUCCAUUUUUAGUGUGAAAGAAGAAGAGGGAAAAGUUGAAAUUUCAAAAUCCAAUUUGCCAAACAAAUUCCCCUUGAAAGACCCGCUUCACCUCCCAUUCUCCCACCACACCACACACAUCCAGGCGAUCCCUACCGUCAAAAUCAUCGUCGGCUCCGUCGCUCAUCGUAAACCUCCAUGGCAUAUGUCAGAGAGCUCCCGUGCGACGGGGACGGGAUUUGCAUGGUAUGCAAGAAGAGGCCCACCCCCGAGGAGACCCUCACGUGCAAGACAUGUGCCACACCCUGGCACGUCAACUGCAUCUCCUCCCGCCCUGAAACCCUAGCCGAUGCCCUCCAAUGGGAGUGCCCGGACUGUUCACAGCUUUCCGAUCUCCUUCCGCCGCCGAUGGACGGCGAACCGGUCGUCGCCGGAGGAUCGGGGAGUUCCGGAGACCUGAUCUCGGCGAUCCGGGCGAUCGAGUCGGACCGGUCGCUGACCGAGCGGGAGAAGGCAAAGAGACGGCAGGAGCUGAUGUGUAGAGGCGCGGGACCGUCCGAUGGAGACGGCGACGCGAAUUCCAAGAAGGGAAAGGAGACAAUCGACGGCAAUAAUGACGUUCUUGGCAUCAUCGAUAGCAGUUUCAACUGUUCGUUUUGCAUGCAGUUGCCGGAGAGGCCUGUCACGACUCCUUGUGGUCACAACUUUUGCUUAAGGUGCUUCCAGAAAUGGAUUGGGCAGGGCAAGCGCACUUGUGCAAAUUGCCGCCAUCCCAUUCCAGCCAAGAUGGCAAGCCAACCUCGGAUCAACGCUGCGCUUGUCAUUGCCAUCAGAAUGGCAAAGAUGACGAAAUCUAAUGCUGCAGGAGGCCCACCAAAGGUUUAUCAUUUUGUCCGUAAUCAAGACCGUCCAGAUAAAGCAUUUACCAGUGAACGAGCAAAGAAACGUGGAAAGGCUAAUGCAAGCAGUGGAAAGAUUUUUGUCACAGUCCCCCCUGAUCAUUUGGGGCCAAUCCUUGCAGAAAAUGAUCCAGGGAGAAAUCAGGGCGUGCUGGUGGGGGAGAGUUGGGAAGGUAGGCUGGAAUGUAGGCAAUGGGGUAUCCAUCUUCCUCCUGUUGCAGGGAUUGCUGGGCAGUCGAGUUAUGGUGCCCAAUCAGUGGUCCUCUCUGGAGGCUAUCAAGACGAUGAGGACCAUGGGGAGUGGUUCCUUUACACAGGGAGUGGUGGAAGAGACCUCAGUGGCAAUAAACGUACAAACAAGGAUCAUUCUUUUGACCAGAGAUUUGAUAAGGUGAAUGAGGCAUUACGAGUAAGUUGCCGGAAGGGUUAUCCUGUUCGGGUGGUAAGGUCUAACAAGGAGAAGCGCUCUUCUUAUGCCCCGGAAAUAGGAUUACGAUAUGAUGGGAUUUACAGAAUUGAGAAAUGCUGGCGGAAAAAUGGGAUCCAAGGAUAUAAGGUAUGCAGAUAUCUUUUUGUUAGAUGCGACAAUGAUCCUGCCCCAUGGACUAGUGAUGAUCAUGGGGACCGUCCAAGACCAUUGCCGGUCAUUAAGGAGAUAAAGGAUGCAAUUGACAUAACUGAACGGAAGGGAUCUCCAUCCUGGGACUAUGAUGAGGAAAAAAGUUGCUGGAUGUGGAAGAAAUGUCCACCACCUAGCAGAAAGCAGGUUGAUGAUGGAGAUUCAGAUGGUGGGAAGAGAACAAGGAAACCGAAACGGCAAGCAAAAAAUAUGUCUGUAAAACAGAAACUUCUAAAAGAGUUUAGCUGCCAUAUCUGUCGGAAGGUGAUGUCUUUCCCACUUACUACUCCUUGUGCUCAUAACUUUUGCAAAGCUUGUCUAGAGGGUGCCUUUGCUGGUCAAUGUUUCAUGAGGCAGAGGACAUGUGAAGGCAGGCGAACAUUACGAGCACAGAAGAGCGUCAUGAAAUGCCCUGUGUGUUCAACUGACAUAGCUGACUUUCUUCAGAAUCCCCAGGUUAACAGAGAGCUCAUGGACUUGAUAGAAUCACUACAAAGCAGAAUUGUAGAGGAGGAAAAUGUUGAGCUGAGUGAAGAAGAAUCACAAGGAAGAAUCGUAGAGGAGGAAAAUCUUGAGGAGCAGAGCGAAGAAUCUGAUGGCAGCCGUGAGAAUCUGGAUGAAAGCGAAUUGAAUUGUGCAAUUCUGGAGGAAGUCAAAGACAUAGCUCAGAUUGAAAAUGGCAUCCGACAAGCAGACAAGCCGAAAAAAGCAAGAGGUGGCAAAUGUACAUUAAAGCGUGGUAGAAAGAAGGGAAGGACAUCCCCUAAGCAGCCUGAUGCUGCUGAUGUCGAGAAUGGUGUUGAUCCUCUGAAACCUAAAAUGGCUGACAGUAAAGAACCAGAAGAUCCUGCAAUACAGAGCAAAGUCCGGCAAACUUGCAAACGGAAACAAUACAAGCAUGGAGAUGGAGGCAACUCGUCAACAUUGGCUCUUGAAGUGAAGACCAGAAGCAAGAGGGCUAAAAUGCAAGUGGUAGAAUGAAUUGAUUGCCUGUCAAGUCUGCUUCAUGUUCGAAUGACAAUUAGAGCUUGAUAUCAUGCCUUUUGUUAUUUAGUUAUGGUACCUUGCCAUAGUACCUUUCUUCUCUCUCUCAAAUUUGGUUGGUUGGGGAAAGAUGAGCAGUCAAAAGCUCUUCUUUGCCUAGUUGCAGAGCUGGUGUCAUUGUACAUUUUUGCAAUUUAAGAAGUGUAAUGCUACACUCUCACUUUCUCACACCCAUCUCCACUCUUCCUUAAAUGACUUUUAAAAUCAUUAUUGAAUUAAAAUUCAAUAAAGAUUUAUUUUAAAUCUAAUGGUGGAUUUUAAAGUCAUGUAAGAGUGAAAAAAUGGGUGUGAAAAUGUGUGUAUCCAUGUAACAUGGUACUUUGAAAUAAAUCAAACCCCAUUGCUCUUU